UUGUUUUUUUGAGUUUUGCUUUCACUUUUUCCUCGGGUCGCGUGGAAGCCCGUGAUCGCCAGGCUGGACGGGACGGUCAGGACCCCCACCUUGCGCCCUCCUCCUUCUCCGUCUCCUCACCCCCCUUUUACGCACUGUCGGACCGAUGCUCGCACUCCCACGGACACGCCACCGACAACGCCAACUACUCAUACCGUGGAGCGCACGAUGGUGGUCCAAGGAGCGGUGACUCCCGGGAGGACGCGCCGGCUCAUGCUCAAACUGCCGGUGGGAACUCUCCGGAGGAACAGCGGAGAGAGGAUGACAGAGGGGCGGCGAUGUCAAGUUCACCUUUUGGAUGACCGAAAGCUAGAGCUACUUGUACAGCCCAAGCUUAUGGCCAAGGACUUGCUGGACCUGGUGGCAUCGCAUUUUAACCUCAAAGAGAAGGAGUACUUUGGCAUCGCGUAUGUAGAUGAGACGAGUCACUUCAGCUGGCUGCAGUUGGACCGGCGAGUUUUAGAGCACGAGUUCCCAAAGAAGUCUGGUCCUAUUGUCCUGUACUUCUGUGUCAGGUUCUACAUAGAGAGUAUCUCCUACCUGAAGGACAAUGCAACCAUUGAGCUGUUUUUCCUCAACGCCAAGAACAUCAUUUAUAAGGCACUUAUUGAAGUGGAGAGUGAAGUCGUCUUUGAAUUGGCUUCUUAUGUGUUUCAGGAGGCCAAAGGAGAUUUCACCAGUAAUGAUGCAACGCGGGCCGACCUGAAAAAACUGCCUGCCCUGCCCACCCAGGCCCUCAAGGAGCACCCGUCUCUGGCAUACUGUGAGGAUCGGGUCAUCGAGCACUAUAAGAAGUUGAAUGGGCAGUCCAGGGGGCAGGCCAUAGUAAAUUACAUGAGCAUCGUGGAGUCCCUGCCCACAUAUGGAGUACAUUACUAUGCUGUAAAGGACAAGCAGGGCAUCCCAUGGUGGCUGGGCUUGAGCUAUAAGGGCAUCUUCCAGUACGACUACCAGGACAAAGUCAAACCCAGGAAGGUGUUCCAAUGGCGGCAGUUGGAGAACCUCUACUUCAGAGAAAAGAAAUUCUCAGUGGAAGUUCAUGACCCCAGGAGCCGUGCGUCGGUGACCCGCAGGACGUUCGGCCACAGUGGUAUCGCGGUGCACACCUGGUACGCCUGCCCCGCCCUCAUCAAGUCCAUCUGGGCCAUGGCUAUCAGCCAGCACCAGUUCUACCUGGACCGCAAGCAGAGCAAGUCUAAAAUCCACGCAGCGCGCAGCUUGAGUGAAAUCGCCAUAGACCUCACAGAAACCGGAACACUGAAGACGUCCAAACUGGCCAACAUGGGCAGUAAGGGCAAGAUCAUUAGCGGCAGCAGUGGAAGUCUGCUGUCCUCAGGCUCCCAGGAGUCGGACAGCUCGCAGACAGCUAAGAAGGACAUGCUAGCAGCUCUGAGGGCCCGACAGGAGGCGCUAGAGGAGACGCUUAAGCAGAGAAUAGAGGAGCUCAAGAGCAUCUGCAUCAGGGAGGCGGAGCUGACAGGAAAGCUUCCUAAAGAGUACCCUCUGGAUGCUGGAGAGGAGCCACCCACAAUCCGGCGUAAGAUCGGGACGGCCUUCAAACUGGAUGAGCAGAAGAUUCUGCCCAAAGGAGAGGAGGAGGAGCUGGAGCGCCUGGAGAGGGAGUUUGCUAUCCAGUCUCAGAUCACAGAAGCAGCACGGCGUUUGGCCAGUGACCCUCAUGUGAGCAGCAAGAAGCUCAAGAAGCAGAGGAAGACGUCCUACCUAAACGCCCUCAAGAAGCUCCAGGAGAUUGAGAACUCCAUCAACGAGUACCGGGUCCGCUCUGGCAAGAAGCCUACGCAGAGAGCAUCGCUCAUCAUCGAGGAGGCCAACAUUGGUUCAGAAGAUAGUUCAUUAUCGGAUGCACUUGUCCUGGAUGAUGAUGAUCCUCAGGUCACGGGCACCCCCAACUUCUCUCCUCUAGCGUCCCCACACAAGGGCCUGCCUCCCCGCCCCCCAUCCCACAGCCGUCCCCCUCCUCCGCAGUCCCUGGAUGGGCUCAGGCACCUGCACUACACCCGCUCUGACUAUGACAAGUCCCCCAUCAAACCCAAGAUGUGGAGUGAGUCGUCCCUGGAUGAGCCUUACGAGAAGAUCAAGAAGCGCUCCUCACACUCCAGUCAUAGACGUUUUCCCAGCUCGGGCAGUGCAGAUGCAGGAGGCAGUAGCUCUCUGCAGAACAGCCCUGUCAGGGCCCUGCCUACCUGGAACUGUCAGUCCAGCACCCCCUCCACCCCUGACAUGAAAGCACGGACCCCCCAUUAUGUACAUUCCACAAGGUCGGUGGACAUCAGCCCCACCCGUCUGCACAGUCUCGCUCAGCACUUUAGAAACCGUAGCUCCAGCUUGGAGUCCCAGGGCAAACUUCUCACGUCAGACAGUGAGAGCCACUCGCACACCCUGGGCAACCUGGGGAGCCCCGACUUCUUCUUGGGACCACCCCGUACCUCCAAUGGCUCCGACCCACUGGACGACUGCUCGUCCUGCACCAGCCAGAGCAGCUCGGAACACUACUACCCCUCCGGACCUUUGGGGCCUGGGGGCAACGCCAACUACUCCACCCUGGGAGAGGACUCACCGUCCAAGGCCCGUCAGAGGCAGAGGCAAAGGCACAGGUCUGCAGGUCAGCUGGGCUCCUCUAACUCCGGCUCCAUGCCUAACCUGGCGGCUAAGAACGGAACAGGGGGAGGCUCGGGUGGAGGGGGCACGGGAGGCGGGCACCACGGCGUCUACUUGCACAGUCAGAGCCAGCCCUCCUCACAGUACCGCAUUAAGGAGUACCCGCUAUACGUGGAGGGAAGCCCCAACCCCGUGGUGGUGCGCAGCCUGGAGAGCGACCAGGAGGGCCACUACAGCGUCAAAGCCCAGUUCAAGACCUCCAGCUCGUACACAGCCGGAGGACUGUACAAAGAGGCCUGGGGUGGGGGGGACGAGGGGGGAGAGGGGGGCCGGCUCACACCCUCCCGCUCACAGAUUGUACGGACUCCAUCAUUAGGGAGGGAGGGAGGAGGAGGGGGGAGCCGGGCAGCCGUGUCAGAGGAGUUGAGGUGCUGGUACCAGAGGUCCUCGGGCAGCCUGAAGGAGAGGAGCCACUCCCACUCCAGCUCCGCCUCCGAGCAGAGCACCCCAGGCCACGGCAGAGGCAGCAGGGUGGGCUCACUCGCCAAGGGAUCGCCAGUGGCCUCCCCUCACAGCCAGCGGAGUCUGACCCCAUCCAGUGAGCAUGCAGCUACCCCCACUCCCCCCUGUAGCCCCCAGCACAUCCUCAACUGGCAGAGCGGGUCGUUCAGUGACUGCUGUUUCCUCGGCAGCCCCCUGUGCUCCGAGCUGGCAGACGUGCAGUGGUACGGACGUGACAAGGCCAAGCCCGGGACCCUGGUCUGAGUCCUCCUUCUAGAGCCCUACACGGUCUAUCCCAUACAGACAUUCCUACAGCUAUACCCCCGUACAGCCCCUCUACAGACCCUCCCCAUUGCACCAUCCACAACCAGGACCCUGGCCCAGGACCCCCCAGGAAGGGCAUUCACAGACUGGGAGCUCUGGGGGCACAGCACACAAGCGACUGGGCAAAAAACACAGGGAGCUUUGAAAUGGAGAGCACAGAACAUGUUUAACAAAAGCAGCAAAAACUGUUUCAGGAUCACACUGCGAAAAUACAAUAUGUCUGCAGGUGUUACAAUGACUGCAGUUUAGAAUGUGAAUCGGGUUUGGGUAGUUGGGACUAGCAUAGAUUUAUUUACUUUAUGAUCUACAUUCUGUAAGUGAUUUUGAAGGUGCACCAUGUAACAUUUCUGUCUGAGUGUCUGCCACUUGUUUGUCUCCAUAGAGAUACAUUGCAGAGAAUGUUACCAAGAAUGUAUGGCAUUAAACAUAACAAUCUUGCAUUUAUUUAAUAACAGGUGUUUUUUUUUAUUGCUAACAAAAUGUGAAACAUCCAUUCUUGCUGGCUACAAUUGCUUGUCUCCAUGGAAAAGUUUAAUGCCACACAUUUCAACAUUCAAAGCAAUAACAAGUAGGUGGUGGAAAUGUUACAUAGUGUACCUUUAUAAUGAGGGAAGGGUCAUGAUAAUAUUGAAGUUGUUUUGAUCAGAAGUGAAUUUGUUAUAUUUACGUCAUCAUUUUCAAUUAAAAAUUCAAUUCAAAUUUAAAUGUUCAUGUGCAGUUUUCUUUACUGCAUUGUUAGACCGUUUUGCUUUAGAUAUUUAAAAUAUAAAUUAUUAAGUUUAAGUAAAUACUUUGUCCAAACUGCCCAAACCCAGAUUACCAUUCCAAAUUCAAGUCAUUUGAACUUAAUAUUAGACAUAGUUUUUGCAGUGCACAGUCCCCUGUCACUGCACUGCCCUGUCAGACUUCACCUGCUGGAUUUGAGCCACCACAAUCCUGUCCUGUUUUCACACGCCCAAACCCAUUUUAUAUUUAUGAAAAAGAGAGAAAGAUCUAUAUGAAUUAUGGAUACGACACCACUCCUGUCAGAAGAACCCACAACCAAAGACAACUCAGAAAAGUGACAUUGUCGCAAAGGAUUCUGGGACAUUUUCGAGACAUGGACUAUAGCAAUAACAACUAUAUGGACUUUGAAUUAUCCCCCUAUGGAAAUAUACAACAUUUUCCAGGCCAUAUUGUUACGAACUUGUCAAAUUAUCAAAAAGUGUUUGGGAUUAUGUCAAGAUAUUGUGGCACACACGUCACACAAAGACUAUAAAAAAUAUAAAUAUUGUUUUAAAUUGUGUUUAUUUUCAUCCCCAAUUUAAAAAAUAUAUAUUAUUUGAAUAUUAAUUUGUCAUCUUAAUCAUAUGUGCUAUUUAUCGUCCCAUCAUUCGUCCUUGUUCCUUUUUUAACAUAAGUAUUAUUUAUAAUGGUGAACUGUAUGUUUUUUAUCAGUGCCAAACGCGCUUAAACUUAAAAUACUGACUUCAUGACAAAUACUAAUUAUUUUAAGUUCACUGAAAUAGAAAAAUACUGAUGGCAAUUAUCCCAUUUAGCUUGUAUUUAGGUGGCUUUUAUAUGUUUACUUAAUUAACUUGAAGCACAACAUUAAUACAGUCAAAAAGGGCCUAGUUUUGAGAUUGCAAUGGCAUUGGAUGAGUCUCAGUUGUCAUUACACUUUUAUGUUUUUGUUACAAGAUUUUGAAAGCAGCUUAAACAUUAUAUCCAGCGAGAUGAUUUGGGAAGAAAUAGCUGAAAUUUGAAAAAAGAAAAAAAAACAUGGAAGCAUAACAGUGCAAGAAAGAAAGAAUUGCAAGAUAGGGCCAAAGAUUGCAACUCAAGCCACAAUGUUUGAAAGGAAACUAAAAUUAAAUUAAUGGGUUUUAAACCUUCUAAAACUGUAUUAAAUGUACGGCAAAGCAUUUACACCUUAACUAGAAACACACUCUUGCUGGACGUUUACUGCCACAGUUUGUCCAAUUACUCUGAACUCCCAACAUUUUCAAGUUUUGGUCAGGCUUAAAGUGCAUAUGACAGGGUUUCAUGUUUUUCUAAUUCUCACUUGGUUUGGUGGGAUAGUGCCUGUGGUGACUAUUUAGCGGAGUUUUACAUCAGUUAAGUGGCAGUUUGUGGAAAAAAGUCGAGAAGAAAAGUAAAAAAAUACAGGAAGUAGAGGUGAAUUUUCAAACAGAAUACUUCUAACUUCUAAUGUCAUCAAUACAGAAAAUUCCAUCCAAAUUGCGGACAAGUGUUGACCUUUGUUAAAAUUAUGGUUGCUAGGUAACUCUUGCCUGUGUACAACCAGGAAGUAAACAAGUAAACUUCACCAGACUUAAAAAACUAGACAAAAACUUUUUAGUAUAAAAUUUUUAAUAUAAUGAUGCCACUAUGUUUUUGUGAAAAAUUACUCUAACCAGUUGUAUGCACUUUAAUAUCUUGAAUCCAACACCCCCCAAAAGCCAUAUGAAAAACUAAACAUUUAAAAUCACGCCACUAACAAUCAAAAAUUACAAAAAGGUUAGAAAAGCACAUUUGAUUUUAUUUUUUUAUCACAUGAUUCUUGACACAUUACUCUUGAUAUAAUUAUUUUUACAUAUUAAGUUGAAUUGCACCACGACUUAAGUUUAAAAAAAAACAAAACAUUGUAAAUCGUCUUUUAUCAUGUCCUCUUUUUGACUGUAAGCUGACCAAAAACUGUAAAAUCUUUUCAACUUUUUGUCCCUUCUGUAGAAUUACACAAGCAUUGACUCCCAAAUGCAUGCCAAUCAGACAACCCCCUCAUCAAUGUCCAGUGUGCCGACAUUUCCACCAUUUUGACCCCGUUUCUGACCCCAUUUUGACCUCUGACCCCGACGUGAUGAAGUGACACGCCCCCUCGCUCGGUUCCACACAUGCCGCUGUUUCCUGUGCGCUUUUGUAUAUCAGAUUUGCCCUUAUGUUGGAAGGGACACUGUAUAAGGUAUAGGUGGGGUUUUUAACAUUGACUCUCCAUUUUAACAAUUUUUUAUAAGAAUUUUGAGUUCCUUGUACCAACCCGUUCAGGUGCUACAAAUGACUAGUUACUGCUUUGUCACGUAGGAUCCUUAGACUUACUCACAAUAGAUUCAAAACCAGAUGUGCAAAUGAAAGCUUAUUUUGACAGUUUAAAGGCCCCAUAUUACGCUGAUUUUGUAUUUAUGUUAUAAUGUUGUUUCUGCACCAAAAACAUAUCUGAAGUUGUGUUUUGUUUCAUUCACAUUUAUUGAGUUCUUCUCUCAAACAGAAAACA